AUGGAGAUCUCAAACACAACUUCUAUGCACAACUUCACACUUCUUGGACUUUCCAAUUUCAUACAUCUGAAAUUCUUCUAUUUUGCCAUCAUCUUGCUAAUCUACCAAGUAGCUUUAUUAGGAAACACGCUGCUCUUCACAGUGGUAAUGGUUACUCCAAGACUGCACAGUCCCAUGUAUUUUUUCCUCAUCCAGCUCUCGUUUGUUGAUAUGGGUUUGUCUUCUUCAGUUGUACCCAAGAUUUUGACAAACACCUUAUCUAAAGAAAAGAGCAUCUCGUUCUUAGGCUGUGCAGCCCAGCUGUACUUCUCAUCGGUAUUUGGAGAAACAGAGGCUUUGUUACUGUCGAUCAUGUCCUAUGACAGAUAUGCAGCCAUCUGCCACCCUUUGCACUAUACCACUAUAAUGAACAGAAAGCUUUGCAUUUAUUUGGUUGUAGGGAGUUGGGUUUCAUGCCUUUCAUUACUCAUUGUUCAUACAUUUCUAACCUUUCAGCUCCCCUUUUGUAAAUCGCAUCAUGUCAACCACUAUUUUUGUGAAAUGCCUGCUUUGCUCCGUCUGUCUUGCAAGGACACCUGGAUGAAUGAAAUGCUGAUGUAUAUUUCAGCUGGGAUCCUAGCUCUUGCUGCCUUCCUACUGAUACUUAUUUCUUAUAUACGUAUUCUGCUGGAAAUCUUGAAAAUCAAAUCUUCUAUGGGGAGGAGAAACACCUUCUCUACAUGUCUAUCAGAUAUUACUGUGUUAACUUUGUUUUAUGGAAAUAUUAGCCUCAAUUAUAUGUGCCCGAAUUCCAGUUACUCCCCAGAUCGACAGAAGGUCUUGUCUCUUCUUUACAUGGCAGUGACUCCAAUGCUAAAUCCUAUAGUUUACAGCUUGAAAAACAGAGAAUACCUUGAUUCCCUAAGAGGAUGGGUGGCCAGAUUCAAACUUUCUCAAGAGCAUUUUUAA